CAGAGUCCGGAGGCCGGCGCGCGGAGCGGUCUUCAUCCCCGAUCGCUGCGGCCCAGCCCGCCACCGAGGCGCGCAGGCGGGCGCGCGGAGUGGCCGCUCAGGAGGAUCUUCACCACUCCCAAGAAACUGCUCAAUGCUGACGCCUCUCAAAGCGGCAUCAGAGACUUUGGAAGCACCAUGGAUGGGUUUUGUGAUCAGCAGGUCCCUUUUAUGGUCCCAGGGAAAUCUCGGUCAGAGGACUGUCGGGGGCGACCUGUAAUUGACAGAAAGAGGAAGUUUUUGGACACAGACCUGGCUCACGAUUCUGAAGAGUUGUUUCAGGAUCUUAGCCAACUUCAAGAGGCUUGGUUAGCUGAAGCUCAAGUCCCCGAUGAUGAACAAUUUGUCCCAGAUUUCCCGUCUGAUAACUUGGUGCUUCACGCUCCACCCCCCACCAAGAUCAAACGGGAGCUGCACAGCCCCUCCUCUGAGCUGUCAUCCUGUAGCCAUGAGCAGGCUCUUGGUGCUAAGUACGGAGAAAAGUGCCUCUACAACUAUUGUGCCUACGAAAGGAAGCCUCCCUCUGGGUUCAAGCCAUUAACCCCUCCCACCACUCCUUUGUCACCCACCCAUCAGAAUUCCCUAUUCCCCCCACCUCAGGCAGCUCUGCCUGCCUCAGCUCUUGCCCCUGGAGCCGGCCCAGUUCAAGGGGUGGGUCCUGCUGCCCCCCCUCACUCACUUCCAGAACCUGGAUCACAGCAACAAACAUUUGCGGUCCCCCGGCCACCACAUCAGCCCCUGCAAAUGCCAAAGAUGAUGCCGGACAGCCAGUAUCCGUCAGAACAGAGAUUUCAGCGACAGCUGUCUGAGCCCUGCCACCCUUUCCCUUCGCAGUCGGGAGUUCCUGGAGAUAAUCGCCCCGGCUACCACAGGCAGAUGUCAGAGCCCAUUGUCCCCGCAGCUCCCCCGCCCCUUCAGGGAUUCAAGCAGGAAUACCAUGACCCGCUCUAUGAACACGGGGUCCCUGGGAUGCCUGGCCCCCCUGCACAUGGGUUCCAGUCACCAAUGGGAAUCAAGCAGGAGCCCCGAGAUUACUGUGCCGAUUCAGAAGUGCCUAACUGCCAGUCGUCCUACCUGAGAGGAGGGUAUUUCUCCAGCAACCAUGAAGGAUUCACAUAUGAAAAGGACCCCAGGCUAUACUUUGAUGACACUUGUGUGGUGCCGGAAAGACUGGAAGGCAAAGUCAAGCAGGAGCCCACUCUGUACCGCGAGGGGCCCCCUUACCAGAGACGAGGUUCUCUUCAGCUGUGGCAGUUCCUUGUCACCCUCCUUGAUGACCCAGCCAAUGCCCACUUCAUCGCCUGGACUGGCCGAGGCAUGGAAUUUAAGCUGAUAGAACCAGAAGAGGUUGCUCGGCGUUGGGGUAUCCAGAAGAACCGGCCAGCCAUGAACUAUGACAAGCUGAGCCGUUCUCUACGCUAUUACUAUGAAAAGGGCAUCAUGCAGAAGGUGGCUGGGGAACGGUACGUCUACAAAUUUGUCUGUGACCCAGAUGCACUUUUCUCCAUGGCCUUCCCUGACAAUCAGCGUCCGUUCCUGAAGGCGGAGUCAGAAUGCCCCCUCAAUGAGGAGGACACCCUGCCACUGACUCACUUUGAAGACAACCCUGCUUAUCUCCUGGACAUGGAUCGCUGCAGCAGCCUCCCAUAUGCCGAGGGCUUUGCUUACUGAGUUUGUGAGUGGCCGAGUAGCCAAACCCUAGAGCUAGCAGUCCCCGUUCAGGCAAAUGAGGGCAGUGGUUUUGUUUGUGUUCUUGGCUGUCCCUAAAGCUUGCCCUUUGAGUAUUCUCUGGAGAACCCAAGCUGGCUCUGGAUUUGACACCCUUAAAGACAAACACUUUGGCUUAGGGAGUGUGGGGACAGGGAGAGACAGAAAACCCACCAAGCCCGCUGGUGAUUCUGAUGCGAUUCCCUGGGAAGAGGUGAAAGUGGAGCCUCCUUGCCACCAUGGACAAUAUGUGCAAAACAGUACCUUGUUCAGGUUAGCGCCCACGAGAGGGGACGAGUGUGUGACAAUCUGCGUUGAUCAUGGACUGCUAAAUGCUUUUGCAUAGAAGAGUUUUCACUUGCACAAUUCUUUGGAAAGAAACUGCACACCCAUAGGAAAAGCCCAUAGGCUGGGGUUGGAGAGGCGCAGACCAUUGUGGUUCGGAGUUUGCAAAACUCUUAUAGCUCGUUCUGAAAUGUUUCCUCUUAGUCCAGAGCUAGGGAGGCCAGGACAGCUGUUAACCCCACUCACUCCGUGGUCCUCUGACCACUGCUCCUUGAGCCUUCCCGCCGAGUGGUCACUAAAUAGAUCAAGCCCCUCUCUCCUCCCAGUCACAUGGCCGAGUACCGAUGGCGAUUAACACUUGACAGUAUUUUGUUUUGCUUCGGUUUGGGGAGGGGGGGGAUUAUUUUGUUU